UCUGUUUGAUAUUAUCUAUAUGAGAAAAUGAAUGCAAUUAUCUACUUAAAUCUUUUCCAAAACCUAACGAGCAUUGUUUCUCCAUUCUCUUAGGCCAUGUCCACACAUUCCAAAAUUUGGAGGAAGCCUAGUUUUCCAGCAUUUCCCCCAUCUCCUUUCACGCCGCCAUUUGAUGAGCUAUUCUCAUUAUAUCACUCCACUCCCCUGAAAAACAACCCUCAUGUCGGCCCUCCACCGGGUUCCAUGUAUCGUUCCGCCAGUGCCAUCAACCCUCCCCGAUUUGGUUCUUUCCAAGGUCCCUCAAUAUGCACCAUACAUGAUUACUUCGACUUCUAUGCCACUCCUCACGACGAGCGACUGCGCUUACUGCGUCUAUGCAACAACAGCUUUGCUUCAAUAUGGCUCCAUUCGAUGUCGAUGUGGAAGACCAACGUUCUUCCAAUGUCGGUGGUCGCUUCAUCCUCAGACCCUCCACCAUCGUGUAUCGACUUGCCUAGGGAUGUAACGGCCGAAAUUCUGCAGAGGCUGGGGGCGGAGGGGAUGCUCACAAGUGCGCAGAAAGUGUGUACUACAUGGUGGAAGGUUUGCAAGGAUCCAGCCUUGUGGCGAGUCAUCGAUUUCUCCAACCCUAGGCAGGGGAUUUUCAACGACGAGUACAAUGUCAUGUGCCGCCGCGCAGUGGAUCGUAGCCAGGGACAGUUGGUCGACCUCACCAUUCAGUACUUCGGUGACGAUGCACUCUUGGACUACAUCGUCCACCGAUCACCAAAUCUUAAACGCAUUAAACUUGGAACUUGCUUUUUCAUAUCAGGAUAUUGUGCACGUAGAAUGGUGGCAAAACUUCCACAUUUGAAAGAAUUGCACCUUACUCUUAGACCAGGGCUAGGUGCUUGCGACAUUGAAGUUAUUGGCAAAUCUUGCCCGAUGUUGAAAUCAUUCUCAUUGAACGGAUCUAACUGUAAGCUUCCAGAUCCAAAAUUUGAUAGCGAUGGUAUAAUUCAAGGAUACUUCCAGAAUCCUCUUGCAAUCAGCAGAAGCAUGCCUAAUCUGGAGCAUCUUCAAAUAUUUGCACACUGGAUUGGAGCUGAAGGACUCGAAGCCAUCCUUAACGGGUGUCCACGCCUCCAAUCACUUGACAUCCGACGAUGUUUUUAUCUCCAUCUUCAUGGGGGUUUGCGGGAAAGAUGCCACCAGCAAAUUAAAAAUCUUAAACUCCCUAUUGACUCGGUCAGUGAUGUACCGUGGCCUAAUUGUGAUGGUGGUGAUCCGUUUAGUAUUUAUGCUGUGCGCGUUGAAUAUUACGUAUACUACCAUUAUACAGAUGAUUAUCAACGUCCCGACUACAACUUCAGUGGACGAUAGUUUAAGAUAUAUACUUAUAUGGACAAAUAAUUUUCCCCUUCUAUUGAUUUUUUGUUUGAUUA